CACUACACUAUAUAUGAUAUAAUAAUUAGCUGCAAACACUUGGUACCCCAUAAAUAUAUUAAUUACCCAAAAGCCCGGUUCGUUCGGUUUGGCGCGAAAAAAACAUUCCAAGUUGCUUUUGGCUUUUACCAAUUUUUCCGAUUUGUAGUAAGUUUCGCAGCUGAUUGUUGUGCAACACACGGACAACACUCGAAGCGCGCGCUGCGUGAAAAACGUGGAAAAACUUUCGAAAGUGCGCAGCCAAUUGCAGCGAAUACUAUUUGGGAUACAUGAGCAGUGCACUUCAGCUCCAACUCCAACUCCAACUCCCGAUUCAAACGCGGCUAAUCGACAGCACUUGAUCGGCAAAAAAUUUUGUAAACAAUAUAAUUAAAUUGGCCAGAUCAAAACCUACUGUGCAACCGACAACAACGAGCUACAGUUUUUGUUAUACCGCCGCAAAGGAAGCAACUGGUCAGCAUGGAGGAGGCUAAACUGCUAAGCCUUCGUAAUGGAUAUACGAAAGCGAUGGAUGAUCAUUGUCAGCUUAUCACUGGGACACAGGAUGAGUCGCCCAUGCAAAUGUUUUACAAGGAUAAAGGCGUCUUCCUCACUGGCGGCACCGGAUUCUUUGGCAAAAUUAUCAUCGAGAAACUGUUGCGCGUCACGGAGGUGGCACAAAUAUAUUUGAUCAUACGCCCCAAGAAGGGCAAGGAUGCCCACGCCCGCAUCGAGGAUCUCUUCAAUGAUCCAGUCUUUGCCAAAAUGAAACAGAUCAAUCCAAAGUAUCGCUGCCAGAUCACAAUCAUCAGCGGCGAUUGCUCGCUGCCCGGUUUGGGCAUCUCGCAGCAUGAGAGGGAGAUGAUCAAGGAGAAUGUGAACAUUGUCCUGCACAGCGCUGCCACAGUGCGUUUCGAUGAGAAACUCAAAAUGGCGAUUGCCAUCAAUGUGCACGGCACCAAGGAGAUCAUUAAGCUGGCCAACGAGAUUCUCAACCUCAAGGCUCUGGUGCAUGUUUCGACCGCAUUUGCGCAUUGCAACAUGCGGUACAUUCAGGAGAAGUUCUACAGCUGUGCGAUGACGGGGGACAAUGCAUUCAAAUUGACGGAAUGCCUCGACGAGCAGACGCUGAAUACGCUGACGCCGACGUUAAUCAAGGGAUACCCGAAUACAUAUACCUACACCAAAGUGCUGGCCGAAGAUGUGAUUCAGCAGCAUGCACAGAAAUUGCCAGUGACCAUAUUUCGACCGGGCAUUGUGAUCACCAGCUAUAGGGAACCGGUAACAGGCUGGAUUGACAACAUGUAUGGACCCUGUGGCGUCAUCGUGGGCAUUGGUUCCGGAGUGCUGCGCGUUUUCACCGGCAACAUGGACAACAAGGCGCACAUUGUGCCCGUGGACAUGUGCGUGAAUGCGCUGCUGGCCAGCGCCUGGGAUGUGGCACGCAAUAAAUAUGAGACGCCACCCAUCUACAACUAUGUGCCGGAUGCGGAUAAUAUGGUGACCUGGCGCAACUAUAUGCAGACGGGCUUUAAGCAUGUCAACGACAUCCCGAUGCGCAAGUCCAUCUGGUAUCCGUGCUUCACCAUCGUGCCACACAUGUGGCAGUAUCACAUACUCUGCUUCUUGUACCACACAUUGCCCGCCAUGUUCAUGGACUUGAUUAUGGUGCUGAUGGGCAAGAAACCCAGAAUGAUGAAAAUCUAUCGGAAAAUACACAAGUUCAGCAAUGUGCUCAAGUUCUUCAGUUCAAACGAGUUUCGCUUCGACAAUGAAAACGUGCGACGUUUGGUCGACAAAUUGGAUGAUCGGGAUAAGCGACUCUUUGCCUUCGACAUGCGUGAUCUUGACUGGCCAAAUCUCUUCAGGGUCAGUCUCUACGGUCUGCGUCUCUAUGUGGUCAAGGAUGAUCCCAACAAUCUGCCCGAGUCGAUAAAGCGCAUCAAGCGCAUGAUGGUUCUGCAUUAUUGCACUCUUGGUAUUGUCUAUUCGUUAACACUAUGGGCGCUCUACGGACUGGUCAAGCUAAUAUUCUUUUAAUCUAAAUCUAAAAAUAUCGAAAGUAUACCAUGCAUAUUCUUUUCUCAUUAUAAAAAUCGAUACUGUGUCUCUCUAUCAUUUUUCGCAAAUAGUUUGUAGUUGUAGUCUUUAGUCUCUACUCAUGAUUGUGUAUAGUCUUAUGGUCGGUUACAGCGCUCUAUCCAAAAUCCUGUAUAGUUUAGUUUGUAAAAAUGAUCAUGUAACACACACUGUGUAUAUACUUACUUGUAUUUAUGUAUUGAAGCUAAUCGAAUCACAAUAAAAGCCGCUGCAUAUGUUUGGGACAUGCUAAA